AUGGGCAGUCCACAGCGUUCGGCCACCACAGACGUCCACAUCAUUGUCAGAAACGUCAACGACGAGCCACCGAUAUUCUCACAACAACAAUAUGUAUUUCAUGUCAGAGAAAAUCAUCACAUCAACAACAUCAAUAACAUUAAGAACGAUAACAACAACCUUAACUACACUACCGUUGACAACAAUAAUAACAAUGGCAUCCAUUACAGCAACAUAAACAACGACGGCAAUUACGACACUAACAAGAACUAUAACAACAACAAUAAUAGUAACAACAACAACAUCAACAACAACAACAACAACAGAAAGAAUAGUAAUAACAAUAAAAGCAAUGACGGAAUUACUGACCCUAGCGUGAAAAACAACAACAGUUAUCAUCUUAACAACAACGUUAAAAACAUCAACAAUCCUAACACCGCAACAAAUCCAACAUUUCACCAAGUUUCAAAAUCCAAACUAACAACAAUAAUUUUACCGACAAACAUACACGAUAUAUUUGCCAUCGAUUCGAAAACCGGUUCGGUAUCGGUAAAAAUACCGCUGGAUCGAGAAAACCGAGCCGAAUAUACGUUUCAUGUAGUAGCGAGAGAUGUGAGUGAGGGAAUGGCUUCCAAGAAUUUGAUUGACAGAGCCCUGGUCAUCGUUAAGGUUGAUGACGUGAACGAUAACAGACCACGGUUCAUUCAUCCGAAUCGCACCGACCACACAGUCGCCAUCAACAUUCACUCACUCACUCACCAACAUGUCCUUUACAAUGUACUCGCUCGCGAUGAUGAUGAUGAUGAUGACGGUGCUGGUGAUAACGCAAGACUUGAAUACACCAUGCAACUCAGAAGCAUCAUCUAUUUCGAUCAUCAGUGUGCUGCUGCUGAUGAUGAUGACGAUGAUGAAAAAAAUGAUAACAACAAUGAUAAUGAUGAUGAUGAUGAAGGUGAUGAUGAUGAUGAUCUGGAUGAUGAUGAUAGCGAAAUUGACGAUAAUUCAAUGAACACCAAGGAAAAUAAAAUUAUUAAAAAAGACUCUAAAGAAAAGCAGAGCAAACUCAUUUUCGGGAAUGACGACGGUGAAGAUAGCAAUGAGAAUGAUGAUGAUGAUUAUGAUGAUGAUGAUAGCGAUGAUGAUGGAAAUGAUAAUGAUUUUGCUAAUAUUGGUAGAAAUUUUGUUGACAUUCUCCCUAAAAAGCGAAAAGAAAGCAUCCAAACUCACUCAUGCGGACAUUACAACAACACCUCAAACAUCAACAACAUCAACAACAACAACAUCAACAACAACAACAACAACAACAUCAACAACAACAACAACAUCAACAACAUCAACGACAUCAACAACAACAUCAACAACAUCAAUACCAACAACAACAACAAAAUGGCAAACGCAAACGACAUUUUCAACUUUUUCAAACUGCACCGUACGUCGGGCGCUUUGUUUUUUGACGCGAACUACACACGCACUGACAAAAACCCGGAAGAACCUCAAUUAAUUAGGGAUGUGCUGUACAGCAGCGAUGUGCUGCAGCUACACAGCGCCGAUAAUAUUCGUCGGAUAUUUAGUGGGGUGAAACAAAUUGAAUUAAUUGUAAGCGCAUCCGACGGCGGCAGUCCGAGGCUAUCUUCCUCGCAUCGUCUCGUCAUAAUAUUCAAUCACUCAGUUCAUCACCAACAACCUGCAGCUAUUUCCGGUUUACGCUGGAUGACCGUUUCCGGUUGGAUUGUGAUUGUGGGAAUGGUAAUGAUAUUUCUCGCCGCCUCGCUGACGUUAUCAGUUUUCAUCGCAUAUAAAAAAAGGCGGUGCGUCGUUAAAAACCGUAGCAGCAGCAGCAGCAACGACAACCGCGACAAUAAAAUGUGCAACUCCUCCAAUGCGGAUAAAUUAAUUUUGAGAAAGGGUAGGAGGAAAUUCAAAAAAAAAAAAAAGAAGAGUAGAAAGAGAAAUAGUUUGAGUUUUUGCUCUAAAAGGAGUGGUCAUUCUGAUGACGAUGGUGGUUGCGGUGGUGGUGAUGUUGGUGGCGGGAAUGUUGACGAUGACGAUGGCUUCUACAUCAAACAUCAUCAGCACGUCGUUCUCGAAAAUUAUGAUGACCUUCCUGUAGAAUCGGAAACUCAUGCCCAGCAACAUCUACCACAACAACUACUGCAACAGCCCCAGCAGCUACAACAGCAACAACACAAAAAAAAACUUUAUGAUUCUAGUCAGCAAAAUUAUGUAUUCAAUAAUUCGCAACAUCAGAGCGUUCGAAACCAACAACAACUUUCCUCUAAGCAAACAUUGUCUAACAAAAAACACACACUCUCCAUGCUAUCUUUUUCUCAACAACAACAACAUCAACGACAUCAACAUCAACAACAACAUCAACAAACUGAUGUUGAUUCUUUAAGUUUGGAUGACUUGGUAAUUGAUGGCAAUAAUAUUUGCAACAACGACAACAGAAACAAUAACAUCAACAGCAACAAAAGCAGCAACAACAACAUUUGUUUCAAUUUAAGUGCCUCAAAAACCAACAAAAAUGACGUCAUCAACGCAACAGACAACAUUAACUUCAACAUACCAGCCGUUAUUAGCAACAAUGUCAACAAAAACGUCGUCACCAACAACAACAACAUAAACAAUAACAACAACAAAAUAAACAACAACAUUGAAGUUACCGACAACGAACUCAACACAAUAUCAAACAAUAAAGACAUCGGAACAUCACAAUCUCCGCAAUUCAGCAUCAUCACAAACGACAACAACAACAGAAACAACAACAAAAUCAAAUUCAAUGCAGCCGGCAAGAUAAUUUCUUGCAGUCAUAUCAAUUGCCGAUGCAGCCGAAACAUCAGCCACAACAACAACAACAACAAUUCGCGACAUUACAACAUCAACAACAUCAACAACAACAACAUAAACAACAACAGCAGCAAAACAACUAUUCAAUGCAAACGAUUCCCAAUAGAAAUCUUUCACUCUCAAAAUCGCUAA